AUGGCUUCAUCGUAUCCUACUGACAUUGAUGAUGUAGAAAUGAGCUGUAAAGGCAUGCAACUAUUAUUAAAUAAUGACAUUGAUGCAUGUGAAGCUUUAUUUGAUCAAUAUCGAUUUUAUUCACCCCUAAUGAUUGGUGGAUGGGGUCUUGUUUCAUUUAUAAGAGCUGCAAUUUCCUUCGAUGAGCAACGUUUGGCACAAGCUAAUCGUAAUUUGGUUGAAGUAGAAAAAUUAUGUGCACAUGAAAACUCAACAAAAUUUACUCGUACAAUAAAAUCUCUUGAUUCAAAAGUAGCAGCACAUGAAGAAACUCUUACUCGUCAUAUCAUUAUAGCCGAUUGUAAAUUAUAUCAAGCUAUAUUAACAUUUAUUAAACAAGAUUUAUCCAGCUUAAUUAGUGCUGGUUUACUUUUACGUAAAGCAUGGAAAAUAUAUGAAAAAACUCAUCAUGAAUUAUUUGAUUUAUAUCGUGCUAAAGAUUCUAAUGCAGAAAAAGAUUAUGGAUCAAAACUAGAAGAUAACGUUAUUAUUCGAUUUGAAAAUAAUGAUGGAAUGAAAAAGGAUGAUGAUGAUGAUGAUGAUCUUUCUUUUAAAAGUUUUGAUAGUACACCAGAUGACUUAACAAAUGAACUUUCAUUAUAUACAAUAAAACGUCUUCUUGGAUCAGUUUCAUUUGGUUAUGGACUUUUUCAAAUAGCAGUUUCAUUUGUUCCACCAAGAGUCAUGAAAAUAAUUAAAUUUCUUGGUUUUGAAGGCGAUCGAAAAGCUGCAUUAGCUGCUCUUCGAUUUGCUAGUCAAAGCACAGAUAUGAAAGCACCAUUGGCAAAUUUAACAUUACUUUGGUAUCAUUGUAUCAUUCAACCAUUCUUUGCCAUCGAUAUGGCAAAUACACCCGAUGUGAGUGAACCAAAAGCCAUAAUAAGACGUAAUAUGGAAAAAUAUGAUAGAUCAACAUUAUUUAUUUAUUUUCAAGGACGUCUUGAACGAAUUGAAAGAGAUCUUCCAAGAGCUUUAACAACAUUUCUUAAUGGACUUAAUUUACCAAAUAAUCAAUUACAAAAUGCAACAGCCGUACGAUCCAAUGAGUUAGAUCAAAUAUUAAUUUAUGAUCUUGGAUUUUGUUAUUUAAUGAUGUUGGAGUUUGAACAAGCUUUACAUUAUUUUACACGAUUAAAAGAAGAGAGUCGAUGGUCGAAAGCAUUUUAUUGUUAUGUUUGUGCAAUAUGUACCGCUGCUAUGCAUGACGAAAAAACGUCGGCAACAUUUAUUAAAGAUGGAAUUAAACUUCUUCAAAAGCGAUCAAAUCCAAUUGAAUUAUUUGUACAAAAACGCUUGGAUUAUGUGAAAAAGCAUUCACUAUCAGUAUCUACAGCACAUAUACUUAUAUUUGAAAUAUUAUACUUAUGGAUUCUUUUACCAUUAUGUGAACAAUCAACGUUAACAAAAAUUUUACCAAUGGUUGAAUUAUAUGGUCGAGAUUCAAAAGAUGAUAAGAAACUUCGUCCAAUUACUUGUUUAAUUGAAGGAGCCAUUUACCAUACACUGCUUCGCUAUGAUGAUGCUCAAAAUUGUUAUGAAGAAUCCAUAGCUCGUCUGGAAGAUUCAAAAUUACACUUUUCUCGAUAUGUAUUACCAUUUGCUACUUGUGAACUUGGUAUCAUUGAAUAUUUGCACCGAGAAAAUAACGAACGAGCUAAAGAAUUGUUAACAAAAGCUAAAGACAAAUAUAGUGAUUUUGAUUUCGAUAAUCGUCUACAAAUUCGAGCAGCAGCUACACUUAAAAUGAUUGCUUCUCGAGAAGCAUCUGCAACAACAGCAACUGCUUCUAGCAGAUAG